AACGGACUUGCACGGCCACACUGCUAUUGUCAUCAUCUCGGUCCGGACUUCUACGAACGCGUACCUUCUUCGACCCUCUUCUCGAUAAUUCCCUUUCUGGACUUCACCUCUGCGUCACUAUCCCCAUCAUGCCUGCGCCAUUACUAGAAACCAUACACCUGUCGCAUCUGCCUCCGUCGAUGCCCGUGCAUGUCGCUCUAUAUCGGGAUGUGCAGAAUGCUCCGUAUCUUCGCCAGCAGCUCAUGUCCGCCAAUGCGGAAUUCGAAUAUGCUUUCAUUGAUGCAAGCACGGUCCUCUCAAGAACACACCUUCUCUCCGCAGUUUUCCGAGCAGCCAAUGAUUAUAUGAACGGCCGCCUCAAAUCCCGGAAUGUGCACUCUGAGAUGGUCUUUUCGCUAAGCCCUGCGACAAAUAUUGCUGAAUCUUUCCGCAAGUUCGGCAUUACUGAUUCCACGAAAGACUUGCUAGUAGUCAAGCUUUCCGUGAACCCGGAGAUCACCCACGACUCGGUAGCAGCCCAUCUCGAACAAAAUGUUGAGGGAACGCCUGUGCCAUUCGAUGACGAAACUUUGUCGAAGAUCUCCGACGUUGCAAAGAUCAAGAAGGCUUACAAGCUGGGAGCGUUGAACACUGCGCCGCCGAACCAAGCAAACGGAACGCAUGAUAACGGAUUGCGACGGCUCGAACUGUCGGUCUUGGGAGCGAUUGCGCUGCGGGGAGCGACUUGAACAUGACGUUGAAUAUAGGAAGUCUUCUCUAUUACCCCGAUCUCGCUCGUUUGGGAACUCAGGGCCCUGUAAAGCGGGCGCGCCACAUGCAGAAUGUCUGCGUUACCCGACAGUCGAUACCCUAGGCCUGAUGCCGGGUCGAAGCUUUUGCAUGUAAAGAGCUACUUCGGCAGAUAGAUGUCUGCUAGAAGUAGCUAUGCAGGACACGUCUACUAUUAGAAAUCAUGAUCUGAUGUACAUAGAAUUCAGGGCCGCCGAUAGCGUCGGUGCAGAGCACCGAUUACGGCUUUGUCCAGCCAAAAAUAAGACUCUAGAAGAUAAUAUAUGGCC